AUGGCGGAAGAUCCAACGGCACCAAGCCUCAACCUUACACCUGACGAGAAACGGGUAUUCGGUCAACUAUUUCGACAAGCUGAUACGGAAAGCAUCGGGGUGGUGACUGGAGAGGUUGCUGUCAAGUUCUUCGAGAAGACGAGACUGGAACCUCGUAUCUUGGGAGAGAUAUGGCAGAUUGCAGAUAAGGAAAAUCGAGGCCUGCUCACACCAGCGGGAUUUGGGAUAGUCUUAAGGUUAAUUGGACAUUAUCAAGCUGGCCGAGAUCCUUCUCCCGAAUUGGCAUUUCAACCUGCCCCUCUUCCUAAAUUUGAUGGAGGUCUCCCAACCGGAAUUAGUCCUACAAUACAGCCUCCUCCUGGCCCUCCACCAUCCGCACUGCAACCACAAGGAAGCGGCAAUGGUCCUAUCAGAGUUCCACCGUUGACCCCAGAAAAGGCGACUCAAUAUGCUGCGUUGUUCGAAAAGUCUGGCGCUGUCAACGGACACCUUCCUGGGGAACAAGCAAAACAAAUCUUUGAGCGUGCUGGUUUACCGAAUGAUAUACUUGGUCGGAUUUGGACAUUGGCGGAUACUGAACAGAGAGGCGCUCUACAAGCUACGGAAUUUGUGAUCGCAAUGCACUUGCUAGCUUCCUUCAAGGCCGGGCAGCUGAGAGCGCUUCCAAAUAUUCUUCCAGCUGGUUUGUAUGAAGCUGCCGCGAGGAGGACACCGAGUCGACAAUCAACCGGCUCUUUGCAGGGCAUCCCAAGACAGUUCAGCGGCAAUCCCGCUCAGCGUGCUGGAAGUCCUCUUGCUCGAUCAUUUCCCCCACCACCUCCUCAGGCACCUCAGCAUAGUGGGAUGGCUGUUGCAAAUGACUGGGCCAUUAGCCCAUCUGAUAAAGUUAAAUUCGAUGGCAUCUACAUGGGAUUAGAUAAAACCAACAAAGGGUUCAUUACAGGGGACGAAGCAGUACCAUUUUUCAGCGAGUCAAAAUUGCCAGAGGAAGUUUUGGCGCAGAUUUGGGAUCUUUCGGAUAUCAGAUCAGCAGGUGUAUUGACCAGAGAUGAAUUUGCUGUUGCCAUGUAUCUUAUACGACAACAGCGAGGUAAACGUGAUGAAAGAGACACAUUACCAGCAACACUGCCGCAGAACUUGGUUCCUCCAAGUAUGCGAAAUCAAGUUAGACCAACUGCUGUACCUACAGCGCCUAUAUUUGAUGCCGCUCCUACUCUUCCUAAAUCCGCAGCGGAAGACUUAUUCGGACUUGAUGCUUUAGCAUCGCCUACAACUGCUCCAGUUCCUGCACCUAUUCAACCAUUAUCAACAGGCGGUUCUGGAGCAUUUGAUCUCACUAACGAUCCUUUCGGAAACAGCAAACCCAUGACCCCGUCCUCCCCAGCUCGUCAACCUCCAGUUCUGGGAUCAUCUUCAGUUUUCAAACCCUUCGCUCCAUCCUCGUCCUUUGGCCAGUCUUUAACUCAACAAGCCACUGGAGGUUCGAACAACGGACCCAUGCAACAAUCAUUUCAAACUCAACGCUCCGCCACCGAGGAUUUACUUGGAGAUAAUGAUCCCGAGGAAAGCAAGAAGUUCACAAACGAAAGUGCGGAGCUCGGAAACCUCUCUAAUCAGGUUGGAACUCUGUCGACGAAAAUGCAAGAAGUUCAGGCGCAAAAGGUCACUACACAAAACGAACUGGGCCAGUCAAGCGCACAAAAGCAGCAGUUUGAACAACGGUUGGCUCAGUUGAGAACACUCUACGAGCAAGAAGUACAAUCAGUCAAGAGUCUCGACGAGAAGCUUACAGCAUCACGGAAUGAAACCAAAGAUCUCCAAACCAAGAUUGCAAUGAUCGAAGGCUCCUACCAAGACUUACAAACUCAACAUCGUCAAACAGCAGCGGCUUUGCAAGCAGAUCAACAGGAGAAUGCUAGUUUGAAAGAGAAGAUGCGUGUCAUCAACGCCGAGAUCACACAGUUGAAGCCGGCUUUGGAGAAGUUGCGGUCGGACGCUCGUCAGCAGAAAGGUUUGGUGGCCAUCAACAAGAAGCAGCUCACAACUAAUGAAAACGAAAGAGAAAAAUUGAAGGCUGAGGCACAGGAGUUGAAUCGAAGCAUACAGGAGGAUACCAAGAUAUUAGCAGAGCAAUCAAGAACUCAGAGUCCAACAAAUAUCACCAGUCCAGCUCAGGUUGCUAGUCCAGCCCCAUCUUCGAUGAGUGCCAACAACCCAUUUUUCCGACGACAUGGAAGCACAUCCGAAAUACCAUCUCCCCCCCUUGCAUCGCCAAUUCAGCAGACCGACCGUUCUUUUGAGAAUGUUUUCGGUCCUGCUUUUGGAGGUACUGUAGCUUCCCCAGCCCUAGGUGGACCUCCUCCUACGACAUUUGGUCAUUCCGUUGACACUACUCCCGCACCAAAUACACUCUCCCGUGCUACAACUGGACAUGGUGAAUUCUCUUCUCCAGCAACAUCUUCCCCUGCCACCUCCCACCGAGAAUUACCUACCGCGCAAGCUAUCAUACCACCUCCACCAGCGUCACGAGAGAUCAGCUCAAGUUUUCUACCUUUCCCAAGCCAUGAAGAUUCUGUCACCUCGUCGCGCCAAGUAUCUGCCCCAAAUAGCAGAUACGGAGAAGAUUCUACUGGAGCCGAUACACCAACAAACUACAUCGGCAACACACCUACAGGAUCUUCCUCUGCGGGACCUAACGAAAACGUGAGAGCCGUGUCUCCAAACAUCGAUCGUCACUCGACAGCAUCGCCAGCCAGCACAGGUAAAGAGCCCAUGCCAGGAUCUUUCCCCGGGGACGUUAAUUCCGGGCUUGUAGCUACACCAACGGGAGGGAGUACUCUGAGUGAACAGGCCGCGUCGGAUCCUUUCUCAAUCAACAACAAAGACCUUUCACGGUCUGCUACGUCGAAAGAUGAUUUCGACUCUGCAUUUGCCGGGUUUGGCGGGGCUGCAAAACCACAAGAGAGGAUGAAUACUGGCUCCUCUGCUGGUGGCUCCAAUGGUGGAUUGCAACCGGGGUUUAACAAGGAGUUUCCUCCAAUUGCUGAAUUGGAAAACGACGAUGACAGUGAAAGUGCCAGUGACGCUGGCGGAUUUGACGACGACUUUUCACCUGCGUCGCCAGGUCACACCAGACAGAUCAGUUCAUCUCAGUCACCUACCGUUGCCAAAGCCCCACCCAUACCAGCACCAGCUGAAGAGUCAAACGACUUCCUUUCUGCAAGACCCAUUGCGGUACAGAAUGCGUCUGCCUUGAGCUUAGGCACAUUACCUCCCACACCAGGAGCGCAAGCCUCUCCACCAGCAUAUGACAAGACAAUAUCACCAAGUGAGACGGCACACUCAGAGGUCCAACAAUUCUCGGGACUUUUGCCAACCAGAGAAAUACCAUCAUCACCACCACCAGCACUUCCUCCCACCUCAGUAGGCCAGCCUUCAUUUGUGGCGCCGACAACAUCUGUCCAACCUACCCCUCCAGCAAAAGUCCCCUUCGGCGACGAUUUCGAUGAAUUUGACGAUCUAGAAGAUGCUAAGGAGGGGGACGCUGAUGAUGAGUUUGCCAAUACUUCAACCGACCGUUCUGGUCUUGAUGAUUUCAAUCCAAUGUUUGACAGUCCACCACAAUCAAAGGGCGCUGAUCACGUCGCCCCUCAGAACGGCUUUGGCAACGACGGCAUGUUUGGAGACUUCACAGCGUCACCACAAACGACUCAUCCAAAACCAAAUUCUGCUGCUCCUGCUCCUGCCGCAAAUGCAGUUAAUGAUAGCCACGACUGGGAUGCUAUCUUUGCUGGGUUGGACGGACCUGCAAGAGAUCCAUCACCAGUGAAAGCCGAAGCGCCUACGAGUAAUGGAAACGCGCUUGCCCCAGAUAGACCUCAGAUUGGCAGGGCUCUUACUGAAGCAGGUGUUCACGAUGACCCUAUUUUGAAAAACUUGACAGGCAUGGGAUAUGCCCGAAACGAUGCACUAGCUGCAUUGGAGAAGUAUGAUUAUAAUCUGGAGAGGGCUGCUAAUUACCUUGCAAGCCAGUCGUAA